AGGAGAGGGGGUGGAUACGUGAUAUUCUCAGCCGCACUGUGAAGGGGCAGUCCCUGUUAGUGGAGAUCAGCCCGAGGAAGGCCCACCUUCAGCGAUCAUCUGAACAGAUCUCCGGUUUAGACGGUAGAGUUUAGAGGCGUGCGCAGGCCCGAUCGCUGGGGACAAGUCGGUGGCUGUUGGUACACAGUAGCUUGGCAAGGAUGGACGUGUUUAUGAAGGGUUUGUCUAAAGCUAAGGAGGGCAUGGCUGUGGCCGCAGAGAAGACCAAGGAAGGAGUUGCAGUGGCAGCAGAGAAGACCAAGGAAGGAGUCAUGUUUGUAGGUAGCAAAGCCAAAGACAGCGUGGGCACGGUGGCUGAGAAGACCACUGGGGCUGUCGGGAACAUCGUUGCGGCCACCGGCCUGGUGAAAAAGGACGAGUUUCCAACUGACAUGAACCCUGAGGAAUAUGGGCAGGAGGCCAUGGAGGGCCAGGGAGAGGCAAUGCUGGAGCCAGAAGGGGAGACAUAUGAUGAGUCCCAGCAGGAGAGCCAGGACUACGAGCCAGAAGCAUAAACGCAUUCGUCCCAACCACCAUCCAGCCAGCAGCACAAUAAUAUUUCUAAUAAAAGGACAAAUGCUGAAACUAUUACAAUUAUAUUCCUGUUGCAAAAAACCCAACACAACACAAGCAUUCCCACUGAAAAAUGUUCUUCCUUCAAGACAAAUCUUUUAUUAAAUAUUGUAAAUGUCAUGUUAUUACUGUAACGUGUUGGGUGUAGCUAGUUAUUGAGGUGUAGGAUUCGUCCUCUCUGUCUCAUUUCCUUGACUCCCUCCCAACGAAAUGAGACCAGAGUCGGGGCCCGUGGCUUUGUACUCGUGUAUCUGUAUUUAGAAAAUGUGCAAUAGAUGUUCAUCAUCUUCCAACGAGACUUUGGGAGUGACGAAAAAUAAUUAUGACCAUUUGCAAGCAGAUAUAAAUACAUUAUAAUAUCCUCUUAAGUGUCGAUGAUGCUUGUUUGUGGUUCUUCUUCUUUACGCGUUUCUUUGGAAUUUAAGUUGUUUUACAAGUAAGAGUUUUCUACAUCGUAUCUUUAUGGUUACUCGUGAAUCAUUCCACUAAACUAUCUGCUAAAGCCGACAGUGUACAUGUUUGUGUGUGUGUGUGUGUGUGUGUGUGUGUGUGUGCGUGUGCGCGUGGUUGUGUGUACUAAAGGUUUUAAUGAGUCAGAAUAUUAUGUCUUGGAAACAUAAUGGUUGUCAUAUCGAGAUGUGCUUUAACUGCAGAACUUGUCAGUGUAAAGGUUUCUGUGUCAUGCCAGACAACAAAUCUUCUGUAAAUAAAGGGUCAAAAGGGGAAAAAC